GGUGCGAUCCCAACGUUUACGGUAAGGAAUCUGGAAGAGGGUCAACAACGCCAACCUUUGAAGAAGAAAAACCACAGAAAACCAUCAGAAUCUUCUUCAGGAAUUCCAAUCCAAAAUCGAAUCCAAGAACAGUAUGAAGAUCACUGUAAUGACGGCCGACGAACAAAUCAUUACUUUGGAAGUCGAUCGCGAUGAAUCUGUUGAAAAUCUGAAAGCUCUACUUGAAAUUGAGUCUCAAGUACCACUUCAGCAACAGCAGCUGCUUUACAAUGGGAAGGAGAUGAAGAAUGCUGAAACGCUUAGUCAUUUGGGUGUUACUGAUGGAGAUUUAGUAAUGAUGGUUUCUAAUCCUUCUUCUUCAAGGGGUUCUAGCAAUGAAGUUAGCUUAAAUCCAGAUGGGUCCGCUCUAGACCCAGCUGCGUUCCAGCAGCAAGUGCGGAAUAAUUCAAAUUUGAUGGCCCAAUUGUUUCAGAGCGAUCCUGAGUUGGCACAAGUAGUUAUCGGGAAUGACUUGAAUAAGCUGCAGGACCUCUUAAGGGUGCGUCACCGUCAGAGAUCUGAAUUAAGAAGGCAACAGGAGGAAGAGAUGGCGCUACUCUAUGCAGACCCUUUUGACGUGGAAGCACAAAAGAAAAUUGAAGCUGCAAUCCGGCAGAAAGGUAUUGAUGAGAACUGGGCUGCUGCACUAGAACACAACCCCGAAGCUUUUGCAAGAGUGGUCAUGUUGUAUGUUGACAUGGAAGUUAAUGGUGUUCCCAUGAAGGCCUUCGUUGAUAGUGGAGCCCAAUCAACUAUAAUAUCAAAAAGCUGCGCGGAGCGUUUGGGAUUGCUUAGGCUUUUAGACCAACGUUACAAGGGAAUUGCUCAAGGAGUUGGUCAAUCAGAGAUUCUUGGUCGGAUACACGUUGCUCCAAUUAAAAUUGGGAAUAUCUUUUAUCCGUGUUCCUUUUUGGUCUUGGAUUCUCCCAAUAUGGAAUUCCUCUUUGGAUUGGAUAUGCUCCGUAAACACCAAUGCAUAAUUGAUUUGAAAGACAAUGUCUUGAGAGUUGGCGGAGGAGAGGUUUCUGUACCAUUUUUGCAAGAAAAGGACAUCCCGCAGCGUUUCUUGGAUGAGGAGAGGCAAUUGAAGGAAGCUUCUAGCUCUGGACUUCAAGGUACAUCUGGAUCAGCAACACCUUUUGGCGGUCAAUCUUCUGGCCCUGUCAGUGGCGGUCCUACACAGGGGGCUGAAUUUGAAGCCAAAAUUGGGAAGCUUGUUGAACUAGGGUUUAGUAGAAAUGAAGUUAUAGAAGCUCUGAAGCUUUUCGAAGGUAACGAAGAUCAAGCGGCCGGAUAUCUUUUUGGCGGGUAACUCGUUCCUCGUAUCUGUAACUUUCAAAUUUUCAAACCGAUUACAAUAUUACAGAUUUUUUUUGUGAUGGUUCGAGAUUAAUUUAGGUGUACUUUGUAACAUUAAUCUUAUUUUUCCAACUUGAAAUGUGUACUUCAUGAUAUUGAUUUUGCUGGUCAAUCGAGAACGAUUCCACUUUUUUCGACA